CCCAUACCUGCGGAGAACCUAUUCAUGUAAACCAAGAGUCUGCCAUCGUUCUGAAAGCAUCGAGUCGUUGAUAUAAUUUUUACUGAGAGAAAUGUUCCACUCCAAGACGAUCCUCAACCAAGAGAUUUGGCAACGCGACUAUGAUGUUGUUCCCCCCGCACGGCCAGUAGACGUGGCGUUGCACUAUGAGAGGGCCAAAUCGAUGUGUCGACAUAGCGGUGCGUACAACUAUCUUUCUCGGCGAACUAGGCUAAGAUCGUCGCAUGGUAGAUCUGACGUUGCACGAUAUCGAGAAGUUAACCAAGAGGUUUUGGGAUUUUCAUUUCGACAUGAUUGCCGCUCGCGACAUGACGGCUUUCAUUAUCGCAGCAAUCCAUGUGAACCUCUGCAUAGGAACGCUCAGCCAUUUCGCCAAGGCGCGUCCAGACCUACAAGACUUGCUCACAAAGUUACUGAGUUUUGAAAUUUGCGGUGAGUUCAUGCUGACGGAGAUUGGUCACGGUUUAGAUGCUCGCAACCUGGAAACCACGGCAACGCUGCAGGCUGAUGGCUCUUUCGAGUUGCAUACUCCUACCACAGCAGCAUCAAAAGUAAUGCCUCCUACAACACCAUAUUGCGGAAUACCACGGGUCGCGAUCGUUUUCGCCCGUCUGAUGGUCCGAGGGAAGAACCAAGGCGUAAAGCCUUUCAUUGUGUUUCUCAGCGACGCAGAUGCGAUGCGACCUGGAGUCUCGUCGCGAAUAUUACCGACAAGACCUGGUACCAAACCACUGGAUCAUGCAAUUACGACAUUUAAUCGUGUUCAGUUGCCCUAUAAUGCCCUGCUUGGUUCACCCGCUAAGCCAGAGAAUGAGCGUGCCGAGUUUCUGUGCCAUAUUCGGCGUGUUGCUGUUGGAACGUUGUCGCUUUCCAUCAUGGGCAUAUCCGCUAUCAGAGUCGGAACACGUAUAGCUGCUCUCUACAGCGAGCGAAGAACUAUCACGGCGCCCGAUGGACAUUCGGCUAUGCCAAUCAUCGGCUUCAGCACUCAGCAGCGCCCUAUCGUCGAAGGAUGGGUCCAGGGCAAGAUUUUGACCGCAUUCGCCCAUUGGGCUGUGGGCAUGUGCCCGGACCCUGCCCAUCCGACGCAACACGCGCUUGCCACGAUCUUUAAAGCGACAGUGAUCAAAGCAUCACGGGUCUUGGGGGAACUCGCCGAGAGAUGCGGAUGGCGAGGCCUUUUUGCAUUCAAUCAGAUCAGUGAACUGGACUUGACCUUUCAGGGGAACUCCAUAGCUGAAGGCGACACGCUGGUACUAUGUAUUCGUGCGUACCUAAACUUUCUUUAAAUUUGCCAUAUUGGCUUAACAAUGAACGAAUGACUGACAAAUUCUCUUCCUAGGUUUGGUCUCCGAGCUCCUUGGCGGCAAACUACAACUUCCAACCUGUCAGAACGCGUUAGCGCCCUUGGCGCAGCAAGAGCACCAGUUAAUGACCGAAAUUCAAUCAAGACUUACGGAGAUUGGAGGAUACGGAAAGCAUCGGACCGAGGCUUUCAAUCAGCACAUUCUGCCAUUUUGCCGACCGUUGGUUGAAACGAUCGGUCACCGUAUGGCUUACGAGGCCGCUCAAUGUUCAGGGAUCUCACCGGACGUCCUGGAACUGUACGAACGUCUAUCUACCGGCAAGGCCUUGAUCCAUUUACCAGCCCAAGACGUAUCCAGAGUGAGAUGCGAAGAUCCCCUGGUAGACGAGCAGUACGAAACAAUCAUAGCUCAAAUUAGAUCGGAGGCCCAUUAUCAUGAUCCGAUCGACGAUUACAUAACGGCGCCGAUCGUAUCCGAAGAGAAGUGGGAGAACUUUACUGAAAGUUUGCUUUGCUUCUUCCCCCCAGCGAGUCUUGAUAAAUGCAAACCGAAACUUUGAAGAAUGAAGAGCUGACAAGGAGCUGAUUGGCUGAGCCUUCAAGGAGCCCUCUCAUUAUGUUUUCUGUACAGAGAACAAGC